UUUGUAUAUAUAUGUGCAUAGUAUAUGUGGUUGUGUGGCUUACCUUGCUUACCUUUUGUGGCGUUGUGUGGGUUGUGUUGAUUAGUAUCAGAUUUUGUCUGACGUAUUAUUCAGAACGUAGAGAUUAAGAUAUUAAACACAUUUCACAAUAUGGAAGUUAUUGCGACAUCAAUUAUAAUUUGAUAGUCAGAUUAAGUCAAGACUGAAAUAAAAAUGAACAGUGAAGUUGAAUUCCACGUUAGACAGAACUACCCAUGGGAAAAAGUCCCUGUCAGUGUGAAACAGAGCCUGGGCAACUCGCAAAAGGAGUACGAGAAAUGCAUCCUCGGCUUCAGCGUGAAGAACCAGCUGCGCUACCGCGGCAACCUGGUGAGCUCGGUGUGCAAGGACGAGCGUCGCUACUACAAGGAGCUGCUCGCCUACAGCAAGGACAGGCUCAUGCUGUUCCCCUACCACCUGUCGGACGUGGUGGUCCAGGGGCUGCGGGUCACGCCCUUCCAGUACUACGUGUCCAUCAUGGAGACCAUCAUGGACCAGGAGAAGAGCUACGACUCGCUGCCCAACUUCACCGCCGCCGACUGUCUUCGACUCCUGGGAAUUGGUAGAAAUGAGUACAUUGAACUAAUGAACCAAUGCCGUUCUGGGCGUAAACUGUUCCGCCGCAAGAACGUCAAGGACUUGAUGCCUUCUAAACCAGUGGAUGUCAAAAUAGACAGUUGGUGGUACAUCGAUGUUGGAUACGUUAUUGAAGAUGAUAUUAAGGUUAUCUCGCCGAGCGAGCAGCAGCUGAUCGACAGGCUGAUCGACCAUGGCCGCCAGCGAGCGGGAGACCUCGACCAGGAGUUGGUUCACCGGCUUUACAAGAAAGGCCUGGUGUACGUCGACGUCCCGAUCGAGGACGACGACCACAUUGUGGUGCCGCCCCUGGAGGGGUUCGUCAUGAACCGGGUGCUGGGCGACUACUUCGAGACGCUGCUGUACAAGAUCUUCGUGUCGAUCGACGAGCGCACGUCGGUGGGGGAGCUGGCCGGCGUGCUGCAGAUCGACCCGGAGCUGGUGAAGAACGCAGUGUCGCUGUACUGCCGGCUCGGCUUCGCCCUCCGCAAGGGCCAGGAGCCCGACGGGGCGGACCUGCACCCUUCGUGGCGGGAGGGCGCCGGCCCGGGCAGAAAGCCUAUGACUGUAACUGAAGAGCCGCUUUUAUUGGAUCUGAACUCGGAAACUGGCUUCACCCCGCCCGAAGAGACGUCAAGUGGAACAGAAGAAGUAGACCCCAGCUUCCUGUCCAAUCAGCUGCGGAGUAGGCGCAUUGCCUUUCUUUUUGACUCCACGCUGACUGCUUUCCUCAUGAUGGGCAACCUUUCACCGGGGCUGAAGAACCACGCAGUGACCAUGUUCGAGGUGGGGAAGCUGUCGGACGAGUCGCUCGACAGCUUCCUGGCCGAGCUGGAGAAGAUCUCGACGGACGACGGCGAGGGCGAGGCGCAGCGCUACUUCGACCAUGCGCUCAUCCUGCGCGAGACCAUCGUGUUCCUGCGCCAGAACCGCCGCAUGGCGGACCACAUGCGGCUGGCGGUGGACCUGAUCCGCUGCGAGAGCCUCCAGUCGCUGGACCCGGCCACCUGUACACGCUUGCUGUGCAAGAACUACGCGCUUCUUGUUUCCAUGGCUCCACUGAGUAAAGAAAUCCGACCAAUCAGCAGCUGCACUCCUCCCCACCUGGGUCCGGCCAUUCCUGAAGUGAACACUGUUUGGUUCAAGCUGUUCAUCUACCACCUCAGCGGAUACGGCCCUCCAACAUUGUUCCUGGCUAAAGGCAGCCGCAUGAAGAAGCUCCCCAAGGUGCUCCAGAACUACGACCGGCUGCUGGUGACCACGUGGGGCCACGACCACGUGGUGCUGCCUGUCUCCAACAUCGUGUUCACCCUCAACGACGUGCUGUGCCACUCCGCGGUGCUCGUGCAGGCCUAUGGUACGACUUCUGGGGCUGCAACCGUCUUGGUUCCUUUUCCUAACGUGAAGAAUAGCAUUGAUGGCGGAGACGCGGACUGGUUCGCGCACCCGGCCGUCGAGAAGCUGUCGGAGAGCAUCGACCUGGUCCACAACUGCGGGUUCGUGACGAUGGUGAACGUGACGGGGGGCCCGCUCGCGCGCCUGGCGGGGUCCCCCCCCGCGGACAGCACAAACCUGGUGGAGAGCUGGAUAGCGGCGACGGCGCGGGAGGGCGCCCCGGUGAACGGCUUCACGAGCGAGGACUCUGCGGACCUCUUGCGGGACGAGCUGAGCGGCCCGGGGUGCCGCGGCGGGGACGCCUUCCAGGGGUGGACGCUGCUCGACUGCAGCUUCGGUGUCCCCUUGUUCGACGCCCACGUCAACAGGAGGAUCUGCGACGCCGUCAUCGCCGGCGCGCUCUGGACCGAGGACAGUCUGAAGGAGCUGACGGCCUCCAGCCGCAAGCUGUGCCUCAGACUGCUGGAUUUCAUUGCCAGCUACCAGGACUUGCCUGUGCUUCCAGAGGAGACCUCGGUAAACCCUCACAAGCGGUCCAGCACGCCGUCUGUGGCCCUGCCCACACGGAGCCUCGUGUUUGCCGACGGCCGGCUGGACUUCUGGGAUGGCAAGUGAUCGCCCGGCUGCCGGGCGCACUGGAAAUUCCAGGGACAGGAGAGACUUAUCGUGAGCUGGAGAAUGGCAAGUUGGAAGCGAGAUCUGCCACCACCAGUCCUGCCAGCUUGCCCCAACAACAUGAGGUGAAAUCGUCUCAUGUGAUGACAACAUGUACCUGUAGCAGACAUGAGUUGCAACCACGGAGCAGCUGGUGUAGUUGGGUGUUGCUGUAGCCUAUCCAGGAGGAAGGGAAUAUUUCAGAGUAGAAAUUCUCAAAAUAAAAAAAAAAGAGGGGAGGUGGCUUCAGUUUAUUAAUCCAUUGAUUCUACGCCAUAAUUUAUUUAUGUUUCUUAAAUACUUUGGUUACAGAUGUGAUAUUUUUCAUAGGAUCUGUGGUGUCUUGUGAUAAAAGAGUCUUUGUACAUGAAUAUUUAACAAAUAGAAAACUUACGAAAAUGGAAAAUCUUUUGUGAAUAUUUUGAGAAUGUCUACAGUUACGAGUUGAGUUUGUUGUUCUUUGCAGUAUGAUUCCAGAAACUUUAUGUAGGUAUGUAGUUAUUAAAAUCAUUUAUUCCUAACAUGUUGAGUUAAGAUUACUUAAAUAAGGAGAACACACUUUGUGGUUGAGAGUUUUUGUUAAACAUUUGUGGCUGUAUGUAUUAAUGUGCUGAGAUUCCUAGCGUUGUGUACUUUGUGUGCAGAAAAACUAGUGUAGUGUGUUUUAGAUGACCCAGGUUAAAACUGAAUUCGUAAGUGCAACUUUAUGUGGGUUUUGUCAAGAUUAAACUGUCCGUGUUCAAAACAGUUGAGUGCUGCAUUGAGUUUGCCAUCUUGCUGCCGUAGUGACCUUUAAAAUAGUUUGGUGGGUGAAUAUUCACACUUUCAGGACCAUUCUCAUGCUUGACACGAGUGCUGUGAUUUAGUCUUGUAACUGCUCUCAUAUGCUAUACAGACAGCAACUGUCCUGUAUCUUAAAUAGAGUUUCUCUCAUGAUGUAUGAAUGCAGACUGUUCUUAAGUUUAUUUUUUAAUGUAUGACAAAAGAAAAAAAAAAGCAUUCCAACCAGAAUUUUUAAAAACAGGAAUGAGCUUAGUUUUAGUAAAAAAAAAAAAAUUUAAUCAGACACAUUAAACAGUGCAAAAUAACAAUUAGCUAAUUGUGAAAGUGUUAACAGCAGACUAGGUCUGUGGCCGUAUUUAUGUUGUCUUACACUUUUCUCCAUCCUCCUUUUUCAGAACAUUAAGACCUAGAAUAUAGAAAAUUAUGUCCUAGGAUAUAUAACUUGCCAAUUCUCAACAUUGCACCACCAGAACAUGACUAUCGUAAAUCAAAAUAACAGAGUAUUAGCUUAAUAACAUGUUACAUUUUAAUUGUAUUUUGAAACUUGAACAAAAAAUUGAUAUAACUCCAAAAAUCUCCAUUUAAGAGCAAUCCUGUGACCACUGUGAUUUACUGGUAAAUUUUAAAAUCUAAAUUCAUCCGCUUCAAUAUUAAUGUGUUUUAUUGAUUUAAAGUCACAGUAGUCUUGUUCUGGGAGUGCUUUACAUUCAGAUACAUACAAAAUGGAAAAUGAGACUGGUACAAAGUAACAUUUUUAUUACAUUCAGUAGGUUUACAAAUACACUAGUAAACACAUAAGUAUCAGUCACUACAACAUAAUUUCCCAGAUAUUCCUCUAUUCCAUAUAUUUUAUAAAAGCAUUGGUCAUUAGAUAAAAGACUCCUGUCAAAUUUCAGUCCCAAUGAUUCCAGCAGAGCUACAGUUUACCAUCAGACACAAAAAUAUUAAUUUUUUUUUGUUCUGGUAAUUGCAUACUUGUUUUGCCAAAAUUCAGCAAUGCAAUGUUUCAUAUUUAACGGAAUACACUGAAAAUGUAAAAUCAUACAAAACAAUUUGUGAAAAUAAUUGAACAUGUGACAAGAAAAACAAGGUAACUCUAGCAGAUCAUUAUUUUUUUCUUUAUUUGCUUGAUAUGUGUUGUAAUCUCAAGGGUGUGUGGCACCAAUAAAUUCUGAGGGUAUUUUUUUUUUAUGUUGUCACAAAUUCCUUAACAAAAGUUAUUCGUUUAACCUCAAUGUAGUAGUUUUAUUUAAUCUCUGUGCAACUACGGGUAUGUAUAUUUCCCAUUCUGCGUUUGCUCUGGUCUGCCCAGGGCCGUCGAGAGAAACUAAUGCCCCAAGAUAAAAAAAAAAUUUUGUCCGCCCUCCUCCCUAUUAUUUAAUGUGCAACUUUUCAAACCCCACAUUACAAAAAAAAUCUAAAGACUGAACAUUACUGUGGUGAUAACUGUAAACGUGAUGAUCUCUGUGUAUCGCAUUAUUCCCAAGGUUUCUUGUGAAUUGUAUUAACAAUAGAAUUGUAAUUUUCCUCUAUCAGAGAAAACCCAAGCAUUUUAUAUAU